AUUUUUAAGGACCAACUCAAGAAUUAAAGAAUAAAAUCAAACCUUUACCAACGUCUUCUGCAGUCGUGAUUCCAAUUGAUCGUCGCCAUCUCCAUCACAAAAUCAUCAGCAAUGCCAGGAGUCAUAGCAUUCAGACGACGAUGGGCUGUGGGUUCAGAUGACAUGAUCGUCCCCGCUUCAUUUCUAAUCGGCUUUCAUUUAGCUUGGCUGUUUUCCCUCUCUUUGGCUCUCUAUGAGGCAGCCUCGACCUCGAACGUAACCUUGGCCGUCAAUUUUCCUUCUAAUAUCUCGAUGCUCUUUGAUCCGGCUGAGAUUUUUUUGUCGAGCCUCCCAGAUUCAAACUCCAGCGUUUCGGAGACCGAUUCAGCUCCCACCACAAUGACCUUUCUGGCUUCUUCGUGGUGCCAUAUGGCCUUUGUGCGCUAUGUUGUCUGCUUCCUCCUACUUUGGGGAGUGGCACUUCUCGUGGAAUUGGCCAUUGCCCUGGUGUCUCUACGUGGAACCAUAUUUGAAGAUCAACCACGACGUUCUAUAGAAUUCCUCUUGUACCUCAAACUCGUUCUGUGGGUGCUUGAGAUCGGCCUAUCUGUUCUCUGUUUUUCCUGGUUAAAGAAAUGCUACGACCAAUGCAGUCUUGUCUUUUCUCUUCAAAAUGUGAUAUUGGCCUUGGUGAUCUGUAAUCUGGUCAUCUUUUUCACCGCUGUGAUGACUCUUUGGUGCUCUUUCGACGUGGCAGGAAGGUCAUGGGUCAAGCUCAAAAAGUACCAAGCCAAUCAAAGGGAUCAAAAUUCGAGAAGUCGGUCCAAAUUCCAAUACAAACGAUCUGGUGGGAGAGUCAACCGAAGCUGGAGGCACAGAAAAGUUCGCCGUGCUUACCAGAACAGCUGGGACCAUCGUUGUCAGAUGUUACUUUGUUGUGCCAAAUCAUCCAAUCCGAACAAACAAAAGAAUUCAUUCAGCGACAUCGCUCGCGUUCUAUCCGAAUUUUUCCGCGAUUUGGAUGUGGUUCCUAGUGAUGUUCUUGUGGGCUUGGUUCUUCUGAGGAAACGCCAACAAUUACUGAGGCUUCGCGUAGUUCAUCAGCCUAACAACCCGGUGUACCAAUUCCUUUCUGGCGUGAAAAUCACACCAGAGACGAAAUUCCUCUCACUGAAUGACCCAACGGAAAUGAGCCUUCUUCGAGAGGUUUACCAUUACAUGCAUUUCGCUUUGGGCGUCUACGGCUGGCCCAUGUACUUUCGAAAGAAUUCAGCCCAAUCUGCUGCGGCAUUCUGUAAACUCUGUGCUUCGUUACGAUGCAUAUGUUUUCCUUGUUGUGGCCUCAAGACCGGAUUAGCUGCCAACGCUAUCAUUGAAGGACUGAGCGUGGUCAUCGACGAUAAUUGCUGUGGUUGCAAUCUGGCCUCUUACUCUCAUAUGUGCAACCUUCCCAACGUCCAGCUGGUGUAUAUCACCUACCAUGUGGAUGUUGGAGAAACUCCGUUUCUAAUCGCUGUUGAUCUCGACCAAAGAGUCAUUGUCAUCUGUAUUCGAGGCACGCUCUCCUUCAAGGAUGUGAUCACUGACCUCAACGCAGAGGGAGAACCUCUUCCGAUUCGCCCAGUCAACGAGGAUUGGAUCGGCCAUAAAGGAAUGGUUGAUGUGGCAGCCUAUGUCUACCGAAAGCUAAAGGACGACCAUCUUCUCACAAAGGCUUUCGGUUGGAACAAGGACCAUGGAACGCAAGACUUUGGCAUCGUUUGUGUGGGACAUUCCUUGGGAGCGGGAGCUGCGGCCAUCUUGGCUAUAAUGCUUCGGCAAGAAUUUCCAAACACACGAUGUUUCGGCUAUUCUCCACCGGGUGGAACACUUAGUCGAGCUGCCAUGGAAUACACCAAGGAAUUUAUGACCUCGGUGGUGGUUGGGAAGGAUCUCGUUCCUAGAAUUGGACUUCAUCAACUGGAGGAGCUACGCCACGACUUGAUGUAUGCUUUGCAAAAAUCUCCCAAUCCCAAGUGGCUAACCUUGUCUUCAAGUCUGAUGUGCUGUGGAAAGCAAAAGACCAAUUAUUUUGACAGCCCCACGCACUGCUGGACCCAGGAUGAGAUCGAGGAGCAACUAAACUCACCCAAGGGCUCAAAGUGCAAGAGCUCUCCAGAAGCCAUCAACAUCCAUCCUUGGGAUUCCACCAUCAAUUUGUCGGUUCACAUGCCAUUUUUCCCACCGGGGAAAAUCAUUCACUUGGUUCGACAUUAUCCAAAAGCCGAGAACCAAACCAAUGGACGACUUGUCGUGCGACACGGAAAAGUGGAACCCGUUUACCAAGCCAUUUGGGCCGAUAACACAAGCUUCGAUCAGGUCCUUAUCUCCAAGAGAAUGGUCCAGGAUCACAUGCCAGACAAGGUUUUAGAGGCCCUGGACAAGCUCCUCAAGGCUCAAGGGCCGAGUAAGCCACGACGUUCGAUGACAGGCUCGAUUCACACCAUACCAGACCAUCUGAUUGGAGCAACGGGAGGCCACUUCGAACCGUCUCUGUCCGUUCAAGAGCCGUCGAGCGACUCCGUUCACGAUCGCCCGGGCGUUGUCCUCGAGAAUAACCUGCGCAUGGAAACCAGUUUCACCACGGAGACCGUAGUUACCGAACCCCGGGAACUCAAGGGUGAUGCGAGUCCACCAGACGAGAGCGACUUGGAACGGGCAUCAGAUCUUUCGGAAACCAGGCCUUUGUACAACGUAGCUGAAAGCAUCCGUCGCUCUAGAGCAUCACGACGAGAAGACGAGGACGAGAGAAAACGCGAGAUGAAACCAAUCAAGGCCUCCAACUCAAUCAAGUUAUUGAGGCAAAAAGAGCGAAAUGCCCACCAAGCUAAGCAAACUCACGCUCAAGCCUGUGUUAUAGACCAAGGAAAAGCCAAAGAGCCUCACGCAGUGUUCCAGGAUUGCCACCGAUUACAUUCGACGGUGCAAUCUAAUCCCGUUGGCCAAGUAGGCCAAGCGAACGACGAGACCCAAUGCACUAUUCUCUCUUCCCAUCAUCAGAGUCAUCAUCACCAUGAUCAGCAUCGGAAAUCGUCGCUCCAGGCCCAAAAGUGGGGGAGCCAAAACCACUCAGGAAGGCCCGAAACCAUGAUUCUCCUACAAUCCGAUCUGUGAUAUUCGCAUCCGAAUGGCUGGCUAUCUGCACCAAAUCAAUCGCUUUUCUCGAAUCUCACUCAUCGUUGUUGAUGUGGAACCUUUCCCCAUCAG